AUGUCUCGCGUUUGCGUUAAAAAAGCGUCCUUGUGCACCUCAGAGCCUCUUGUGAACCCUGACGUUUGCCGGAAGGUGGCGCUGUUGUGCAGCAUGUUCUCCUCCUGUUACGGUCCGUGUGGCAGGUUCAAACUGAUUCAUAACAGUGUCGGUGGGGUCGGCACCACCACCACCACCUCAUCAGUGCUUCUCACAUCAGUCACUUUCUCAGAUCCGCUCCUCAGACUGGUGUCUGCAGCCGUGAUGAAGCAAACAGCGAGAUUCAGUGACUGCGGUUUAUUUACAGGACUCGUUUGUAUAAGUCUUGUUGAAAAUGCGAUGAGUCUCGGACUGAAACCCGCCGUGGCGAGUCGAGUGUACAGUCACUUAUCUGAAGAGUGCACCAGGUUCCUCCGUUCAGAUGAUUGUGGAUGCAGAACUGAGAUCAGCUUUAACAGCGUUCAGUCACUGCUGAUGUUAGUUCACAGCGUGAUCACCAGUAAACCAGCAUCAAUGCUCAGAGCUGAUGAAGCUCAACACGUCACCCACCUGACCGUGCAGGCCUUCCUUCAGUCCAUCCCAUGUGCUUCAUCCAAGGAGACACGGGUGGGAAAGACACUCGCAGUGACGAUGGCAGGACAGGAAGUGAAGCGCUCUGCUGUGUUUCCAGGAAUAUUAGUGGACGUUCCCGUUCCGGAGUCUGCAGCUCUGGAGGAUCUCAGACCCGGUCCGUAUAAAGUCGUGUUAUUCAGCGCGUCACUUUCAGGUGAUCUUUCUGAACGUUCUGAAGCUCUGAAUGUUCGAGUGGAAGAUGAUCCAGAAUAUCUGGUCCUGGAUCUUCUGUUGAAGCUGGGAGAUCAGGUGGUCAGGGAUGAGGUGGGAGUGUUUGUGUGUCAGAAGGUGAUUCACCCGGCGCUUCAGACCUACCUGAAGGAAAACGGACUGGUGGUCAUCGAGAGGCUCGGACUCGCCCUCAUGGAGCCGCUCGCUCAAAUAACAGGUGCCGUGAUUUUACCGUCUCUCUGCUCCUCAGUUCCAGCUGAAGCGUACGGGCGUGUAUCAGGACUCCACGUCCACCGCUGGGGGUCUAAAACGCUGCUACAGCUGCUUCCUCACGGGGAGCCCUUAUUUAGCACCAUGGUUCUCUGUCACAGGAACGAAACCAUGCUAGACGAGCUCAAGGUUACGUGUCAGAGAGCAGAACACGUCCUGAGACUCGCUCUUCAGGAGCCGUACGCACUGUUAGGUGGAGGCUGUACGGAGACGCUGCUGUUGGCUCACAUUAAACACACGAGUGAGUUGAAGGCUGCAGAAGCUUCCUCGGCUCUGAAGUGCUCACGGUCCGAGUUCCUUCUUGGCGUCGAGGCGUUUUGCAGCUCCCUGCAGUCCGUGGCUCUUUCCUUACAUCGCAGUGGACGUCACGUCCUCGUGGACCUGACCCACGCUCACUGCUGGGUCACAGAAGUGGACACGCAGUCCCACACCAGCGUUCCGAACUCCUGCUGCUGCGGACUCCUGAAGGAACGGCUAGAUCAGGACAAGAUCGCUUUAAAUACUCCGUUAAAGACAUUUAAUGGCUUUUUCUCACCAGCGUCCAUCACGACCACAAACUCUCGACCCAGACUGUUGGACUCGUUCACUGCUAAGCUAAACGCUCUGAGUGUUGCAGUAGAAACGGCGAGUCUCGUGCUCGGUGUGAAAUAUAUCAUCACUGAUGUGAACUAAUUUUACUGCAUGUAUAUCAGCCCCAUUUCUUAUAUAUUUCAUUUAAUAAUCCGUUCUAAUAAAACAUUUUCA